GAUAUAAAAUGAAGUUCAUCGACUGUAAUGAACAGUUGCCCCACCUGAUUUAGGCAACUGCCAUUUGGGUUCUCUAUGUUGAAAGUACAUAUUAGCCGUAUUGCUUUUUCUGCUCAGAAUGCAAUCUGUUCGGAAAGUUUUCUUUUCCACUUUCAUAAGCAUCAGAUGACUGAUUUGUUGUUUUGCUGCAUAGCACCACUUUCUGUUGUUGGUCUUAGUGAAGAAUGAGCAAUAGAGCAGGCAAAUGGUGAUAUUCUGGUUUUCACAUCAUCCUUCAAUCCAAGGAAGAAUACAAUUUAUUCUAGUUGGGUUAAUUCCUCUUGCCGGUGGCUAGGGUUUCUCCUACUUGAUGGGUAAGAACCUCACUUUGGCACAUCUCCUUGGUAGAAGGGCCUUCCUCUUUCGUCUUCUUUUUUCAAUUCUCCUUUCCUAUGGCUCAGUGUAGAAUUUUGGAUUGGGGCAGAGGGUUGGCAAUGCCCUUUUUCUUUCUUCUAUUUGGUUUUUGUAGGAUGGGAUCCAGCUGGUGGUCAGGCUAGGAGUGACUGGUUCACGCUAGAUUCAAUCGGGCUGUGCCUGGAGGAUCAUAGGUGGCUUCUGGUGCAGAGGGACAAGUGUACAUGCUGCACAAUUGGGGUUUGUUGCCAUCAGAGGGGCAGUGGAUUUGUUUUGGGGUUACUGGUCUAGAACAGCCCUUGACAAGGCAAAACAGUGCUGGUUUGAGUUGUUGGUUUAUUGGUUGGUGAAUACCAUCUGGCUGGGGGGUUGGGUAUCAGGCAUGUGGUGGAUCUUGGCUAUGGAUGAAAGGUGGGAGGUCUUGUGCCUAAUGGAAUAUUGUGGUGGCAAUUUACCAGAAGAGCCAAAUAUGGUUGCUAUAAAUGGCUAUCAAUGGCAGCCACAUAGAGGAAGGAAGGGAUUUUGUUGGUGAAACUGGCUGUAUGCUGCAAGGGAAGGAUGGUAUUCAAGCCAGCAAAGGGGCUCUAGUGGAGUUUGGCAACAAAGGCUUAAAGGAGACUGGAAGAGAUGGGAACAAGGUUGAGAGCAUAUGGAGAUGAAUGGAACGUGGUACUGAGGCCUUAUUGAGCAAGAUAGAGAAUACCCAUGGUCAAAGGAAGAUUAGUUCUGAUCCUACUGAGAAUGAAAGAACACAAAUACUUAUUGAUACUGUAGGGGUGCCUUGCACUUGCAUGGAGGAGGACUGUGCCCUUCCUGUUGGUUGAUCUUUAAGAAUAGACAGGGUGGCAAUUGCAGGUUGGGGACUGUUGUUGCCGGACUCCCUUGCUCUCCCCAUGAAGCUGGCUAAAUAGGUGAGAAUGUUAAGAAGCUUAGAAUGCUUAUAGUGACUUUAUUUUCUACAAUUUUGUAGCUCUGCAUAUGCCUACACAACUAUUGCAAAUGCAAUCUCUAGUUGCAGAUGCUCUUCUUUACUUAAUUGUUUGUAUUCAGCAUGAGUAUAGCUUAAAUCUACUACUAGUACUGUAGGUAUGCUUGUGUCUUCUGUCUUUAGGGUUUAGGCUUUAAUGCCAUCACAUAGGGAU